AUGUCAGAUAAUCAAGCUAUUCCCAGCACCCAAUCUACGGGUUCAACCGACAUGAACCCCACACCAUCAUCUCCAGAAGCCAAGAACAAAACAGUUUCAUCAGAUGAGCUACCCUCCACCAAAUCACUCCAGAAGAGCCAGGAGUACACAGUCCUUGACAAGAAGGGCGAAGCGCACACAUUCAAGAGUCUCUACGAUGGACUCGAGUCCACAAGAGUUCUAAUCAUCUUCAUCCGCCACUUUUUCUGCGGGAGCUGCCAAGAAUUCAUCUCCGCUCUCUCCCAAGCAAUAACACCUUCAGAUCUCCAAAAUUUCACCAGUCCACCCUCAAUAAUCAUAAUUGGCUGCGGCGAUCCAGGUCUCAUCGAUUUCUACGCCACAGAAACGAAAUGCCCCUAUCCCAUCUACGCAGAUCCCGAGCGGAAGCUCUACAAGGAGUUUGGGCUGGUAAGUAACUACGGUAUGGGCGCUCGACCAGAGUAUUUCAGUCGAAGCAUGCCACUUCUGAUCGCAGAGUCAAUGAUACAGACACUGAAGCAUUUUGGAUCGGGCCUUAUGAUGAAGGGAGGGGAGUCGAGUCAGAACGGCGGAGAGUUUAUUUUCGAGGGCGUUCCUGGCUCUGGAGAAGAGAAGAGUCUGAGUUGGUGUCAUCGGAUGACGAAUACGAGGGAUCAUUUGGGGAUGGAGGAGCUUAAACAGGUCCUUGAUCCUGAGGGCCAAGUUUGGAAGAGCGCGGUUAGUUAUGUGGGAUGA